UUAAAAACUUUCACUUUCGAUUUCUUUGUCGCGUAAGCUACGAGGAAAUCCAUCGUACUGCGAAUGGAUCGACUUCGCCGUCGUUUGGUUGAUGUUUAGGCCGUUGUGUUAAAUACAAAGUUAAAUUCCUCCCAACUUUAGGACACACGAUGGCUAUUUUUGAUGUGAGCGGUUAUAAAAAAUAUUGUGAACUCCGUGAACAGAUUUUUCCAGCAGGACUGACGCAUCUUGUAGACCGAACCAACCACUACAACUUUGGCACUAAAACCCAGGAGUUUGCUGUCCCUCCGGGUGUAGACCCUUCAGGGUUUCUAAAGUCCUGCAACCAUGACGGAGGUGUGUGUAUUGAAAUGAACCACGGUACCACCACCCUGGCCUUCAAAUUCAAGCACGGAGUCAUCGUGGCAGUGGACUCCAGAGCCUCAGCAGGAAACUACCUAGCAUCAAAAGAUGCCAACAAGGUGAUAGAGAUCAACUCUUACCUGCUGGGCACCAUGUCAGGUAGUGCUGCAGACUGCCAGCACUGGGAGAGACUCCUGGCCAAAGAGUGCAGGCUGUACAGGCUGAGAAACAACCACCGGAUCUCUGUGGCUGCUGCAUCUAAGCUUCUGUCCAACAUGAUGCUGGGUUACAGAGGAAUGGGGCUCUCUAUGGGAAGCAUGAUCUGUGGAUGGGACAAGCAGGGUCCUGGUCUGUACUAUGUGGAUGAUAAUGGGACACGUCUGUCUGGUCGUAUGUUUUCUACUGGCUGUGGAAAUAGUUAUGCCUACGGUGUGGUGGACAGCGGCUAUAGGGAAGACAUGACAGUAGAGGAGGCGUAUGAGCUCGGCCGUCGAGGCAUUACACAUGCUACACACAGAGAUGCUUACUCUGGAGGGGUGGUCAACAUGUAUCACAUGAGGGAAGACGGCUGGAUAAAGGUGUGUAAGGAUGACGUGUCGGAGCUGAUCCAUCGCUACAGAAAAGGAAUGUUCUGAGUUUCAUCAAUAAAUCCAGAUCAGCAUGUUGAAAACUGUCCAAAACAAUACUGAUGUUUUUGGAAAUGAUCCACAAACCUCAUUAUAAGCAGUUUUCACUGUGAUGCGAGUAGAGAAAAAUUCCAAGAAAAUCAAUUAGAAUAAAUUUAUUGAAAAUUUUGAUUUUGCACUAAAUAUUAAGAUGUUUUCUUUAUAAGAUUGUACCUAUUAAAAUGACUCCAAAUCAUGACUUGUGUAAUAAUUCCCGUUAACUAUGUUGUGUUGCACUGUGUUAUAAAAUAUUAGUUACACAAUUGACAAAAUUCCUUCUGACUGAUAUCUGUGUUAACAGGAUUGGCAUGUCUGUCAGAAUGAUAAGGUACAGUAGUAUAAAGACAAAAUAAUUAUCUUUAGCUAUAGUUAAAAUACAUAUCUGGUAUAUAUUGCAAUAUACAAAAUAUAUAUACCAAGUAAAAUGCAAAUGCUUAUUACUGAAUUGGGAAAAUAGUGCUAAUAUAAUUUUUAUUAUUUAAACAAACUAUCUAGAGCUAGUUCGAUUUCAAUUUCAGUUUGAUCAGAAAAUCUUUCUGAGAUCAACACAUUUGUUGCAAUAGAGCUCUGAAGACAGAUUAUAUAUUGCAUAUAGAAAGUCACAUUAUUCUGAACAGGCUCUUAGAGUAGUGUUUCUAAGUUGAAGUUAGUUACUGCUCAUUCCAGCAACAUGAUGAACUGCUGGAACUGAAUGAAUAAUACCAUGAGCUGAGUUUUCCCUUAUUUAGAGUUUGUGUGAGGAAAUGUCAAAGCCCAAAGCCAUUGGGUCAUAUGAUGCGCAGUAGUUUUUAACGCUGUACUCAAAAUGUGGACAUCUUGGCAGAUAUAAUAAAAAAGGUUUUGAAAUGGAAA